AUUUCAAUUUUUACAAUCUCUCUCUCUUCCCCCGAUUCCGUUUUCUCUCUACCUUACCAGGACUGCACAGAAUCAAAUGGCGUUGCCGAAUCAGCAGACUGUGGAUUACCCAAGCUUCAAGCUUGUAAUUGUCGGCGAUGGUGGUACAGGGAAAACUACAUUUGUGAAGAGGCAUCUGACUGGUGAAUUUGAGAAGAAAUAUGAGCCUACAAUUGGUGUGGAAGUUCAUCCUCUUGAUUUUUUCACCAACUGCGGAAAGAUCAGAUUUUAUUGCUGGGACACUGCUGGUCAGGAGAAGUUUGGUGGGCUUAGGGAUUUUUAAAACAGAGGAG